GCCGCUAUGGCGUCGCCCUUCAGCGGGGCGCUGCAACUGACCGACCUGGACGAUUUCAUCGGGCCAUCGCAGGAUUGCAUCAAGCCUGUGAAGUUGGAGAAGAGGCUGGGAAGUGGUGUGGCCAAGAUCCACAUCGAAGACGAUGGGAGCUACUUCCAAGUCAGUCAAGAUGGUGUGACCCGGAAGCUGGAGAAGGCCAAGAUCUCACUGAACGACUGCCUGGCAUGCAGUGGCUGCGUCACCUCAGCAGAGACUGUGCUCAUCACCCAGCAGAGCCAUGAGGAACUACAGAAGGUUCUAGAAGCUAAUAAGAUGGCGGCACCAGGUCAGCAGAGGCUGGUGGUCAUUUCAGUCUCGCCACAGUCCAGAGCAUCACUGGCUGCAAGGUUUCAGCUGAGUCCUACAGACACUGCCAGGAAGUUAACUUCAUUCUUUAAAAAAAUAGGGGCACACUUCGUCUUUGACACCACCUUCUCAAGGAACUUCAGCCUCCUUGAAAGCCAGAGAGAAUUCGUGCGCCGAUUCCGAGAACAGGCCAGCUCCAAACAGGCCCUGCCCAUGCUGGCCUCUGCCUGCCCAGGCUGGAUCUGCUACGCCGAGAAAACCCACGGAAGCUUCAUCAUCCCCUUCCUCAGCACUGUGCGGUCCCCGCAGCAGGUCAUGGGCGCUCUGGUCAAGGACUUCUUUGCCCAGCAGCAGCACUUGACCCCCGACAAGGUCUACCAUGUUACAGUCAUGCCCUGCUAUGACAAGAAGCUGGAAGCAUCCAGACCCGACUUCUUCAACCAGGAGUACCAGACUCGGGAUGUGGACUGUGUCCUCACCACAGGAGAAGUUUUCAAGUUGCUAGAAGAGGAAGGCAUCUCACUGUCAGAGCUGGAGCCAGCCCCUCUGGACGGCCUGUCCAGCAGCAUGUCUGCCAAGGAGCCCACCAGCCAUCGGGGUGGGGGCUCUGGGGGCUACCUGGAGCAUGUGUUCCGGCACGCAGCCCAAGAGCUCUUUGGGAUCCAUGUGGCCGAGGUCACCUACAGACCCCUGAGGAACAAGGACUUCCAGGAGGUGACGCUGGAGAGAGAGGGCCAGGUGCUUCUGCACUUUGCCAUGGCAUACGGCUUCCGCAACAUCCAGAACCUGGUGCAGAAACUCAAGCGUGGGCGCUGCCCCUACCACUACGUGGAGGUCAUGGCCUGUCCUGCAGGCUGCUUGAAUGGCGGUGGCCAACUCAAGUCCCCAGACGUGCCCAGCAGGGAGCUCCUCCAGCAUGUGGAGAGACUGUAUGGCAUGGUCAGGGUGGAGGCGCCUGAGGAUGCAGCCGGGGUACAGGAGCUGUACAGGCACUGGCUGCAGGGUGAGGGCUCGGAGCAGGCCAGCCACCUGCUGCACACACAGUACCACACCGUGGAGAAGGCCAGCUCUGGCCUCGGCAUCAGGUGGUAGGGGUGACAAUGGUCUGCCGGAGCCCACCCGAGGCCAGCAACACCACUGUCAAGAAGAAUGUGGGGUGCCCAGCAGCGAGGUCACAUGCCCCAAGACCGCAGCACUCCCCCAGAUUUCAGAGUGAGUUACCGGGAUAUGUUAAGAGUAUUAUGCCAACUACAUGCAGGACUGGGGUCAGGACCCACAGUCAUAAACGUGACCUCUGGCCUGUACUCCAAGACUCCCAACUGCCUCUGCUGGGUUGGGGGGGUGGCUGAGGAGGGUGGAAGUCCUAUAGGGUUCCAGAACCUGUUCCCCUGGCCCAGGGUUGAGGUCCGUGGGCGUUUUGGGACCCACAUGCCCUUGCUUUUCUUGGUCAUGGUGAUCCAAGAGCGGGGACAGCCAGUCCCAUGGGUGCUUAAGGCAGAGCAAAAGUGGGGUUCCUCUUUCCUGACUUCUGGAGUCACCCCUGAAGCUGCAUUGCAGAGAGCAGAUGGCCUGCUGAGCUGCUCCAGCUACACACCAGCAGGAAGGGGGUCCCUGGUCCCCCUGGAAACCAGGUGUUUAUUGUGAGGCUGUAGCCAGCAGAGCUAGAGUGCCCAUGUCUUCUCAACCAUGUCCAUGUGUGAAGCAGGAGGCACCAGUGGGUGCCAGGCUUUUCCUGCUGAGUUGUGUCCGUGGAUUCCCACCAGACCUGUUUCCCACUGAGCUUCACCUCUAAUAAAGGGAUCUCCUCAUAAA